CAGCAUGUGCGUGGCAUAAAUCAGUAGCAUCAACAAUAUUAACAAGAAGCAGCAGAAGCAGAAGCGGAAGGAGAAGGAGAAGCAGCUGCAGCGUGCAUUGUUCUAGCCAAGAAGCGGAAGCGCAAAGUGCUUUUUGGAACGGCAUAAAAUGCAUUUACACUUCGAACGGAACAUCAACACAAAAUGCGACUGCACAAUACUCUCGCUCUCGUGGAUGGGCAAGGUGCCAGAUGAUAUACCCGAGGAUGAGGGCUGGAAGCUGAACCGCACCAACUACUAUCAGGAGGGCUGGCUGGCCACGGGCAAUAUACGCGGCAUUGUGGGCGUCACAUUCACCACCUCGCACUGCCGCAAGAACAUGGACUACCCGCUGCGCACCAACUACAAUCUGCGAGGUCAUCGAUCGGACGUCAUUCUGGUCAAGUGGAAUGAGCCGUAUCAGAAGCUCGCCUCGUGCGACAGCUCUGGCAUCAUCUUUGUGUGGAUCAAGUAUGAGGGUCGCUGGUCCAUCGAGCUGAUCAACGAUCGGAAUACGCCGGUCACGCAUUUCUCCUGGUCACAUGAUGGUCGCAUGGCGCUCAUCUGCUAUCAGGAUGGCUUCGUGCUGGUCGGCUCUGUGGCCGGUCAGCGCUAUUGGUCGUCCAUGCUCAAUCUGGAGUCGACCAUCACGUGCGGCAUUUGGACGCCCGACGAUCAACAGGUGUACUUCGGCACCACCCAGGGUCAGGUGAUCGUCAUGGAUGUGCAUGGCGCGAUGGUGUCCCAGGUGCAGCUCUCUAACGAUGUGCCCAUCACGUCCAUGGCCUGGUCCUGCGAGAAGUUCAAAAUGGAGGAGGGCGAGGAAGCCGAGCCCGGUGUAACCAAUGCCGCCAAGCGCACUUUUGUGCUGGCGGUCAGCUUCCAGAAUGGAUAUAUCUAUUUGCUAAAGUCGUUUGACGACGUCUCACCCGCACAUAUCAACACCUGCCUUAAUGGCGCCCUGGGCAUGGUCAUGGAGUGGAGCAACUCGCGGGAGCUGCUCGCCGUUGCCGGCACACUGCGCAGCAAUAGCAACAGCAUGGGCCUGGAUGGCAAGCUGGAGCACGAGCUGGGCCUGGGCACGCCGGCCGGCAGCAGCUACUACAACAACCUGGUCAAGUUCUAUACGGAGUCGGGCACUUGCCUGUACCAGGCCCACAUACCCUGCAGCACGGCCACCGUGUCGGCCAUCACCUGGGGCCACAACGACAAGCGGCUGUUCAUCGCGACGGGCACUCAGGUGCACAUUGCCUGGAUCUCGCGACGCGUGGCCUCGCUGCAGCUGCUCUGCCGGCUGCAGAUCCAGGCGAGCGUUGGCUCCGAGACGCUGUUGCCGCUGCUGCCGUUGCCCUCCAGAAUCAAAUCGCUCAUUGGCAAUCUGUUUGCUCAAACCAUAAGAUGCUGUGUACCUGAUCUGAAGUCGCUGCGUGAUUUUGUGUCGCGCCCGCCGCUUUGCUCGACUCGGCUGCACUGCACCAUGAUACGGCAUGACGAUGACUCCAAUCUCAGCUCCGGCACCUGCUACACGCUCUACCUGGAGUACUUGGGCGGGCUGGUGCCGCUGCUGAAGGGCAAACGCACCUCCAAAAUACGUCCGGAAUUUGUGAUCUUCGAUCCCCAGGUUAAUGACAACUCGCUGUAUUUUCAAUACGCCGCCGAGGCCAAGAGCAGCUCCGGCUCCAGUCAAUCCACCACGACGGGCAACAGCGGACGCACCGACUCCUCGGACAGUGACUUCGAUGAGCGUUCCUCGCGCUUCGGCUCGCCUCGCACACCGCGCAAGCGUCGUGUGCGGGCCAAGCGGCGGACGCAGAACGGAGAUCGCACGGCCAGUGGCAGUGGGAGCAACACUCUGGAUCCGGACAGCCUGGACGAGCUAGCGUAUGUGGAUACGCUGCCCGAGCAGGAAGUCAAGCUGGUGGAGGUGACCUCCAAUAUCUGGGGCACCAAAUUCAAGAUCCAUGGACUUGCCAAAACCGUCCCAGCCAAUUUAGGCCAAGUAACAUAUAAGACGUCCCUACUGCAUUUGCAGCCGCGUCAGAUGACGCUGGUGAUCACGGAGCUGCGCGACGAUUUCCCCACUGGACCCGAUCCCAGCUUCAAUCCCAAUCUCUUCUCCGAGGACGAGGAGGAGCACAACUUCAAUCAUAAUCAUAAUCACAAUCAUAAUCACAGUGCGGAUGCCGCAGUGCCUCACGUGAGCGUGACGAGCGCCGCUCCGGAUGCUGCAUCAGCAGCAGCAGCUGCAGCAACAGCGGCAACAAUGGCCGCAUUGAAGCCGCCAAUUAUGCCGCAGCGUCGCCUCAACGAUGGCGCCUCGGCUCCGCCCAUUGCGCCCAUGUCGCCCCGCCCGAAUCGCAUACUGGCGCGGCAUAAGAACUCGCACGGCUUGACUGUGAAUGGGGCUGGCUCCGGCGGUGCGGUGGGGCUCAGUCCGCUGGCGCGCGCCGAGAGCUACGACGACGACUCGUCGAAUGAGUCGCAGGAGGCGGCAACAGCCGCUGCCACUGCCACCACCGUGCUGCUGCAUCAGGCGCCGCCGAGCUGCAGCUCCGCCUCGCCCUCGCCCAGCUGCAGCAAGAGCAUCACGCGUCCGAAGACCAUCAGCAGCUUCAAGAACAGCUACAGCCGCUCCAGCUCCAACUCGAGCUGCCAGUCGCGGCACGCCAUCUCGCCGCUCUACUGCGACGGCUCGGUGCCCACGCUGCAGUCGCCCAAGAACGCCGUCGCCCCGUCGGACAUCAUAUUCGAGCGACCCGCCGUGCCGGCUGCGACCACCCUGAUGUCGUACUCGAGCAAUGCGGACUACGCCAACAAUGUGGUCCAGGUGAAGAACGCGCUCAUGUCGGAGUCGAUGCGCACGGCGAACAGCCACGUGAAUCCGGUGCCCCUCAAUCUGAACUUGAACCUGGAACGCAUGGAUGCGCGUGCCGUCAAGUGCUCCACAACGAAGCGGCGCGACAUGCUCUACAUAGACGAGGAGACGCAGUCGCCCACGCCGACAACCACCGCCAACACCUCAGCAGCCUGCUCCAGCAUGAAGCGCACUCCGACUGUGGUUUCCAUAGCGCCAGCGUUGCCCGACUCCAUAACGCGCAGCUGCAGCGUCGGCUAUCUGGACUCGGUGGCCAUAACGCCCUCGGACGAGGCUCUGUCUGCUUUGCGCAAGGAUGCGCCCAACAAGCGUCUGAUCCUGGUGGACAAGCGUCGCAAUCGCCAUCGCAAGCGCCAGCAGCAGCAGGCGGACGCUCGCCGGCACAAGCUGCAGCAGACGGGCAAGUCGAAGAGCUUGGACUCCUGUGAUCUGCUCUCGCUGCAAACGAAGCUCUCCAGUAAGGAGCACGAGCAGGUGGUGCGCAAGCUCCAGGAGAUCUCCGACAGCAGCGCUUGCAGCAGCGCCGCCAACACGCUCUGCUUCAAGUGUCGCAACAACAUGAAUCCCUCCAGCGUCUGUAAACGUUGCCAGCCCUCGGUUAGUCUGGCGCUGGACGAGAUCACCACGAUGAGUGUAGAGCCCGCCAAGGAGCCAACGCCAGUUGCUGCAGCUGCAGCUACACCUGCUCCGGCAGCCGUGCCAGUCAAGGCGCCGCCCAAGAAACGCUUUGAUGUCAUCACCAGCUUCACGGACAGCCCGCUCUUCACGCGCAAGCAUCGCUUUGGGUACGGACGCAGCAAGGAUCUGGCGCCGGGCAGCAGCACUGAGAACUCCACACCGCUGCUCGCUCGCAAGCACGAGAACAGUUUCAGCUUUGUCAAGCAGCUGUCCGAGGUGCGCUGGCGCCGCAAGGAGACGCCCGUCAGCCAGCAGCAGCAGCAACAGAACCAGCAGCAGCAGCAGCAACAGCAGAGCUCCAGCAAUGCCAGCACACUGGAGCGACAGCAGUCCGAGACGAGCAGCACAGCUUGUGGCACGGUGGAGGCGACGCCCGUGGAGGCCAAGGCAUCGGUGUCGCUGCAUACGCAGGCCUUGACCACUUUGGAGAACAUCAUCAGUCGUCUGCGGGAUCUGGAUGAGGGCCGCUUGACGCCGCCGUCGACGCCGCAGCGCUUGCCCCGUAGCUCGCCCGCCUCGCCGGCGGCCAGCAAGAAGAACAAGCGCCAACAGAGCAACUCACCCAUUCGGCACAUACUCAACUCGCCGCUGCUGAAUCGCAGGCAGCGCAAGAAGCCGAGCAUCAUCGAGAGCUCCGACGACGAGGGCAAUCAGACGAACGGCUCGGGCGAGGAAAUGGGCGGCAGCACGGGCAACAGCAAUGGCAAACAGUAUCGCGACCUGGAGACAUUCCAAAAGGCGCAGCUGCGCCAGAAGCUGAAGCGGGGCAAGAUCGAGCCAAACGGCAGCGCCAGCUGUGCCAAUCCGGCGCCGGUGCGACGCGAGUUUGUGAUGCACAACAAGGCGCCCAUGUGGAACGAGAUGAGCCAGGUGUACCAGCUGGACUUUGGCGGACGUGUCACCCAGGAGUCGGCCAAGAACUUUCAGAUUGAGUUUCGUGGCAAGCAGGUGAUGCAAUUCGGACGCAUCGAUGGCAAUGCGUAUACCUUGGACUUUCAAUAUCCAUUUUCGGCGCUGCAGGCGUUCGCCGUGGCGCUGGCCAAUGUGACGCAGCGCCUGAAGUAAUAUACCAACUGUUGUAUUAUCGUAAAGCAUUACAGUCACAAACCCACACCCACACACACAAAUAUAUAUGUACAACUAUAUAGUACUUAUAGCACGCCGCCAGCUAAUGCCGCAGCAGCAGCAGCCGCCGAUCGCAAUUGCUUUAAUAUGCAUAUUUUUUAUACUAUACUAAAGCAGGUUAAGCAGCGCCUUGGCUUUAUCAUUUGUAAAUAUGUAUAUGUACUUAAUUGUAUUGUGGUCUUUAGGUUUCUGAAUGCCAUACAUAUUAUUGUGUAAUGUUGCAUCCCCGAGAGGAUGCGACCUAUGAACUCAUACCACCAUUUAAUUGAAGGUUUAGCAAUUUGAUAUUGGUGUGCAACAGAAAUGAAGCAGAUGAAAAACUCACAGUCCGAUCCAUUUUUGUGCAAUAUUUGUAUGACAAACUUUUUGGCUUAAGUAUAUAUAAA